AUUCUGACUCGUCUGUGUCCGUCAGAGCGGUGAAUAUUUCUGCCUUCUCCGUGUCACAUUCCAGCUUCCAGAGCUCUUCCUAACUCGGGUUAUAAAGAGAAGCAUCUGCCCUCUGCAUUUUGAACACCUUUUAUUUUGACCUCUGCUGACUUUUGCUGCCUUCUUUUGAAUAAGCAAACACAUUCUACAGGAGAGUUUACCUUCCCACUUUUACCUUCAUUAAGGUCUUGAGGACUUGCAUGGAUUCUCAUGUACACGGAGGCUCUUUUCUGCACAGGAAUACCUCAGCUCUGAUGUGUUUGCAUGGAUAAGAGGAAGAACUGAAUAUACUGGCACAACCUGGAGUUUUUAUAGAUGGACCACUAUCAAUGCAUUCCGGUACCACACAAUAAGUGAUCCAUAGAGUGUCCGUGGAUGAAAUGGUUACAGCUUUCCUCAAUGAAAGGCAGGCCACUACUGAGGAGAUGGCUUUAGUAAGCAAUGCACUGGCUGCUUACUCCUUCAUAGCAGAUCAGCCGGAGCGGGCGGCGCUGUAUUUCGUGUGUGGAGUGUGUUUGGGACUGGUUCUCACUCUCAUCGCGCUAGUGGUGCAGAUCUCCUGUCGAACCGACUGCAAAACGCAACAAGCGCCCAAAAAAACGGGAAAGACUGUGGAAAACACAAGUGACACGAGCGACAGCGACUCGGACUGGGACAACACCUCUGACCUGUCAGCUCGCCGCCACCGGCGCUUUGAACGGACGCUCGGUAAUGUGUUCACCUCCGCCGAGGAACUGGAGCGCGCGCAGCGGCUGGAGGAACGCGAGCGGAUUAUACGCGAGAUCUGGAUGAACGGACAGCCGGACAUGCCGGGCACGCGCAGCCUCAACCGCUAUUAUUAAAAAAAGACUGAAGUUUGGAGAAUACGUUUGAAAAUGUAUUAGCUAUUACACUUUUUUGGGGGGAUACAGUAAGGGACUGAGUGUGAGAGACGUUUGGGAUGUUUGGAACAGCUCUUCUGGUGGCGCUGGCACUACUAUAGAAGCGUUCGUGUAUUUAAAGGUGCACUCAGUUGAUUUUUGGUAUCCAACUUUUUCCUACACCCCAUGAUGCUUGGCGUAAAUUAUCGGAGUAACUUCCAUUAAACUAAAAACAGUGUUUUUCUUAAUAAAACUGUUACAAUUAGGUGACCUUAUUCUCCUCACUGUUCAUCCAUGAUCGAAAUAUAGCAUAACAAUUACCCUUCACGCAGUUUUCACUGUGUGAUGGUUUGUAGCACAGCCUUAUUAUUCAAAACAAUUUAAAGUUCUUAUUUAAGCUUCUCAAACAUGAAGUGCAACCCGUAAUCUGAAACUUCACAUUCAGAAAAGGUGGAUAUGGUGUUAGUCCCCUUAUAUUUAAAGGCUACUUCUGUUUAGUGACUGACACCUGGUGUCAACAGUGUGUAAAUGCUAUGAGUUCCAGGAUACCAUGAGGAAAACUGUCAAAUUUUGACUUAAUUUGAAAAGUAUUCAAAUAGGGAUUUUGCUUUACUUUUCUUAAAACUCUUUAAAUAAUAGUAUUAACGCAGAUCAACAGCAUAACACUAUAACACAUACAGGCAUAACAAAAUUAAUACCUGACAGCUGGCAAUACAUAAAGGUCUGAUAAAUGAUUGAUCAGUGACUGAAACUGAACAUCAUGUGCAUUAGCCUUUUAUUAUUAAUUAUUGUUAAUGCAGCAUCUGCAAACUAUCUCAGUUUGUGCAACUGAAAAAAAAUUAAAAUGGUAAUUGCAGCUGUUUAUUUCACAAUUUUGCCUUUAUAUCUCAUAAGUCUGACAUUGUAAUCCAGUAGUUGUUAUUUAUUACGUCAUUUCCCACUGUAAUAUCUCUUUUCUUCUUAUAAAUGUAGUCUUUAACCUGUAAUUGUAAAUGUAUGUCUCAAAAUUCAAAGGAAUGGCAACAGAAUUGCAGUAGAGCAAUUAUAUCUCACAAUUCUGUCUUAACAACCAAAAGUGAACUAAAGUUCAUAUUACACAAUUCUGAGAAAUAAGUUUGUAAAAACUCAUUUAUUCAGAGAGAAAAAGAUGGGAAAAAAGUAAAUUGUGUAGGCUUCCAAUGCAAAUACUCCAAUGC